GACUGCCUGGCGCUGGGAUGAGCCAAAAUAUAUAAAGCGACUGGGGACCCUGGGGAUUGAUUUUCUUUUAUGCAGAGUCCAAUUAUUCUUUAACCUUAACUUUAGUGGCUCGUCCUUAUUUUUAGGGCUCAUCAUGAGGUCGCUGUUGCUUGCUUCGUUUGUUUCGCUGGCUCUGGCUGGGAAGAAACCGCUUGUUUCUCCGGAAGAGUUCCCUGAACAGAUCCAAUUGGAAGAUCUUCUCGAAGGAGCGCAGCAACUCGAAGACUUCGCGUAUGCUUACCCCGAGCGCAAUCGCGUCUUCGGUGGCGCGGCCCAUGAAGACACAGUAAACUAUCUCUACGAGGAGUUGAAGGAGACCGGCUACUACGAUGUCUAUAAGCAGCCUCAGGUUCACCUCUGGAGUAAUGCCGAACAGACGCUCAGCCUGAACGAUGAAUCCAUCGAGGCCAAGACCAUGACCUACAGUCCCAGCGUCGACGUGAGCGCCGAGAUCGCCGUCAUCAAGAAUCUGGGAUGCAGUGCGUCCGAUUACCCAUCCGAUGUCGCGGGAAAGAUCGCCCUGAUCAAGCGUGGCGAAUGUCCAUUCGGCGACAAGUCCGUGAACGCCGCCAAAGCCAAAGCCGCGGCUUCCAUCGUCUACAACAAUGUCGCCGGCUCCAUGGCGGGUACCCUGGGCGCAGCGCACAGCGACAAGGGCGAGUACUCAGCCAUUGUGGGGAUCAGCUUGGCCGAUGGCCAGAAGCUGAUCAGCCUUGCUGAGGCGGGAGCUGUAUCGGUGGACUUGUGGGUCGACAGCCAGCAGGAGAACCGCACGACCUACAACGUGAUCGCGCAGACGAAGGGAGGCGAUCCGAACAAUGUGGUCGCGCUGGGUGGCCACACUGACUCGGUCGAGGCGGGCCCUGGAAUCAACGACGAUGGCUCGGGCAUCAUCAGCAAUCUGGUCGUCGCCAAGGCCCUGACGCAGUAUUCAGUCAAGCACGCCGUGCGCUUCCUGUUCUGGACGGCUGAGGAGUUCGGUCUGCUGGGCAGCGAUUACUACGUCUCCCACCUGAAUGGCACCGAGCUCAACAAGAUCCGUCUGUACCUGAACUUUGAUAUGAUCGCCUCGCCCAACUACGCCAUCAUGCUCUACGACGGUGACGGAUCGGCCUUCAACAAGUCCGGACCGGCCGGGUCAGCUCAAAUCGAGAAAUUGUUCGAGGACUACUACGACUCUAAGGGUCUGCAUCACAUCCCCACCGAAUUCGACGGACGUUCCGACUACGAGGCCUUUAUCCUGAACGGCAUCCCCGCCGGCGGAGUCUUCACAGGAGCAGAGGGCAUCAUGUCUGAGCAAAACGCCGGCCACUUCGGCGGCCAGGCCGGUCUCGCCUACGACGCCAACUAUCACGCCGCAGGAGACAACAUGACCAACCUGAACCACGAAGCCUUCCUCAUCAACUCCCAAGCCACGGCCUUCGCCGUCGCCACCUACGCCAACGACCUCAGCUCGAUCCCCAAGCGCAACGCAACCGCCUCCCUCCACCGCCGCGCCCGCUCCAUCAUGAAGCCCUUCGGGAAAAGGGCCCCCAGGACCCACGCCCACGUUUCCAACUCCGGCUGCUGGCAUUCCCGCGUCGAGGCAUGAUUAGUACUUAGAUAACCAGUCCCACACUGACGAUAGUGUACUAUAAAUGAAUAAAAAGAAGAACAUAUAAUAUAUUCUUUCUUUUAAACUGAAAACAUCCACAAGCGCGUAUCGUAUAUCAAAAAUCCCUUGCAAAGUCCACAUCACCCAAACUCAUCAAU